AAUUCUUUAUUAUUAUUGGAGCUAAGAUAAUAGUUCGCGACUUUAUAUCGAACUUAUUUAUCUCUUUAAACAUAUAUUAUCACAAGCCAUCCCUUGUUGCAUCAGUCAGAAUCUAAUUGCCGAAGUCCUUGAAGCGAAGCAUUCUUUAUCGAUUUUCCGUUUGGUUGGUCGUUUCAGGUUUCAUGCACGCCGUAUGUAUGUAGAGCCAAAUUGGGCCAGCGCCCAGCAUAUCUAUUCUCUAUUCUAAAAUAACUGAAAGAUCUACUUCACAAUAUAGGGUCGGUCUAACCGUACCGAAAUAAUUAGAAGGCCCAAUUAUAGAUAAUUUGGUACAAUGUCUGAAGUUAAAAGUAAAUUGGAAAUAUCCGGUAAAACAAGUCCGGAGAUCACUAAUGCCAGUUACAAGCCUAUACCAGAACAAGAUAUGGAAGAGCAGGUAGCAGCAUCGACCCGACCGAAAUCGGUGGUCAAGUUGAAAAUCGGUUCCUCGACAGACGGUGAGAGCGAGAGAAUGUUGCCCGACGACGAGAAAAUUUCGGAAGUGGUGGUCUGCAAUAAUGACAUGAAAAGUCCUCAAAAUGGUGAUGCUAAGUUGGAUAUCGCGGAGCCACCAAACAAGCAAGCCUUCGUGGGCCUAACUAAAGAGGAAUUAAUGCAGUACGCAAAUGAUCCUUUCUGGGUACGUUUGCGUUGGUUCCUCUUUGUUACCUUUUGGCUAUUAUGGGCUGCGAUGCUGGUGGGGGCCAUCCUCAUUAUUUAUGCGGCACCUAAAUGUGAUCCUCCGGCACCCCGAACCUGGUAUGAAAAAGGUCCCCUGGCACAACUAACUUCUGAUGAUAAAUUGCAAGAGCUACAACUAGAUGAGAAUAUCCAAGGCAUGAUCGUGCCUUGGUGGGGAGAUAUUUAUCAGCCGUUGGAAAAUAACCAAGCGGAUCUGGAAAGAUUGAAAUUGGCUAAAAAAGCGUCCAAAAGAGUUAUUGUUGAAUUUGAUCCCACUUGGUCUAACCUUUGGUUUGCUGAAGCGGAAAAGAAAAAUCCAGAGUUUGAAGGGUAUUAUAUUUGGGCCAGUGGUACUGAUAAUAAACCACCAAAUAAUUGGGUGAACCCGAACAACACCACGUCCUGGAAAUUUUCGACCGUACGCAACCAAUUCUACUAUGCACCCUUCGACCAACCCCACCUCAACUUUAACAAUUCUUCCGUCGUCAACCAGUUUAAACGUGUAAUCGAUGAAUUCUUAAGAGUCAAUGUCUCCGGUAUCCGAUUACGUCACGCCUCAUUCCUAUUAAUCGACCGGUCGCUCUCCAAUCUCGAAAUCUAUUCGAACGCCAAUCCCUCUUACGGUAUUGGUCAGUAUUCGUUCUACGAACAUUCCAAGACGGAAGAUUUACCGGAAGUCGGAAAAUUACUGUACCAAUGGCGUGCCUACUUAAGAAAGAAAACUACCUGCGACGAGGAGGUGCCACUGAUGGUGGCGGAAGAGUUGGCCAAAGUGGAGUCGUACAAAGUGAACCAGACUCUGGCGGUAGAUAUGCCGCUAUUGACUACCAUCUUCUCCAGACCAACGUUUAACGUUAACGAGACGUUGAGUAAUUUAAAUUAUAGUUUGAAGAUUAAUAAUCUUACAUGGCCUUUGUGGGAGGCUAAAACCAAAUCAGUACCGAGGGAUGUUCUUCACAUAAUUACUUACCUGUUGCCAGGAGCGCCCCUCAUAAAUGCAACUGAAAAAGUUAAUCCAGAUUUAUUGAAAAUCAGGAACAAUCCAUCAAUAAUGAGAUAUGGCAACGAUAGCACUUUUGAAGUCUAUGGCCUUCAAAACAAUACUGUCAUGUCAUUCAUUAGGGUGACGCCAGGUAGUCCUGGUAUCUUGGUGGUUGUUAACCCUACGGAUAACUUGGUUACGACUAAUCUGUCUGCCGAAAUCUACAAGUUAUCUUCCAUUCAGGAGGUGACGGUUAGUUUUUAUAGUGAAAACUAUAACAUCAGCGAAUUUAAAGAUAUCGGGAGCAAACAUGCAUCCGACAUUGUGCCAAUUUCACCGAAAUCCGCUAUCGUAUUGGAGUAUGUUCCCAAAAAAGAUGAAUAAUGAAGUGGCUGACUUAUAGCCAGAAACAUUCCACUUUACAGGAAAUUACACAAUUUUUUUGAUGCAUUUUUAGAAUACAAUAAGAGUGACAAUAAUAAUCCCAUAAUUCUCUCUUUUUGUGUCUCUAUAAAUAUAAAUAAGUUUGAAUGGCA